UGAACCUUUUGGAUUGAUGUUUUAUAGAUAAAGUGAAAACAAAAGUGGUAUUUAUGUGGAUGAGAUCCAUCCAUAAUUUGUGGAUAGCAUCCUAGAUGCUAAAAAAAGAAGUAAAAUGCCAGUCGACUUCGACGACUUGAUGAAGGGUUUGUAUCCGGCGGUAAGUAGAGACGAUGAACAAGAUGCUGGAAACAUGAUUAUGGACUGGUCGAAUACACAGGGCUUCUUACAGGACAAAUAUUUGUUGUCAGACCCACAAGUUAAUUAUGAUCAUCAACUGGUUGAAGGUACCUCAAAGGGACAACAUUUGUUGCCCGGCUCACUGGAAACCAAUGCUAGUUGUGAAUUUGACAACAGAAAUUUUGAUAUUUCAUGGGUGCUGUCUACGGAUAACCAACCGUUUACAGAGUACGGCAUAGAAUCACUGAAAACAAAUCAUGAAAUGCCUUAUGGCAAGGAAUGCCAGGACUCUGCAGUUUACUUGGAAGCUAGUGUCUCUGGAUUCAAGCGAAACUGCACUGAGGUUGGAAGUAACCCGUGGCCAGAUUCCAAUAGGGUUUUAGGAACUGUUUCGACUAUUGAGGGCAAUAACAUUCCCAAUUCAAUCACUAAUGGACCUGAUCACAUAUCUCAAAUUGUAGAAUCACCGCAAACAUGUGAUGAAAAGCAUUAUGGCAAUAAAGGCAAAGAGACGGCAGAUACCUUUAAAGCUACGUUACUGCAAAAUUACAGUAAUGUGCCUCGAGGGAGAGCCUUGGCUAAUGAGUUUGAGGCAAAUAUGUUUCAGAACGAUAAUAUUUCCAUAAGUCAGGCGAAUACUGACAUUCCCAAUUCAAUCACUGAUCAUACUCAUAUGGGAGCUCAACCUUCUCUUGAUACAAUAUUAACUCUGCCGUUGAAUUUUGAGAACGUGAAGCGGCUUUUCAACAAAUUGAUUGUGUUGCCUCUGGAAGAUCUUGCCGACCCUGAAAAGGAAAGUUGCAUGAAAAAAGCAUUAUCCAUCUUGAAAGACAACUACUACCAUUUGUUUUCAGCUGUAGAAGGUGAACAAAUGCUUGAAGUCUUAACCGAUUUUUCUUUACUCGUGGUUAACUGGAGACGUUUCUGUUCUCAAUCCCAAAUGUACAGUCAACAGUCCUCCGCUGAAAUGGAGAACAUUAAAAAUUUGACGGUGACUGCAUCGAAAGAUGAAGAGAAUCUCAAGGUCAGAUUUGAAGGACUGAAGAACAAGGAAAAGGAAUUGAUGAAACAACUGGAGGCAGUGCAGAAAGAGAAGGAAGAGAUAGCUGAACAGAUGAAUGAAAAAUCCAAGACGUUGAUUUCCUUGAAAGAGAAAAAUGAAGCUUGCAUAUUCAAAGAGGAAAAUGCCACGAGGGUAGCUACUGACUUACUUAAAAAGUUAUCUACUCAAUGGGCUAUGUAUUCUACAAUCUCCCUUUAGCUAGAAUUUACUGGUAAAAAAUCUCCACACGUUUGUUACUUGAUUCAUCCUUGUAUUUAGAUUAAGAUAGAAAGAAUCUUUAUUUAAGGUCCAUAUAUAGAAAACCAUCACACAACUAUGGAAAAAAUGUUUUCUGCAUCACCAUCUCUUUAACGUUGAGUACCAAGGAGUUUUUCAGAUUGGGAUGAA